UCCGCGGGAGGAGGUGCGCACGCGUCCGCUCCGUGCAGAGCAAGGCCGGCCGGCCCAGCCCAGCCCAGCAGCGCUCCCGGGAUGCCGCAGAGGCGACGGCGCCUGCCCGCGAGGACCGUGUGACGCCGGACCCCCUCCGUGUGCUGCCGCGGCCCACCGCCAACAAAGCCGCCGCCACCACCACAACAACAACAUUCCCUUCCUUUGUUGUCGCGUUCCCCAGACAGCGGCGGCGGGACGCGCAGUGCUUCGACACCACCACCCCACCCCUCCGUACGUGUGUACGCGGACACUCUUUUCCUCGGUAUCUCAACAAAACCCGACAUCGGCCACCACCCCUAACAGUUCUCUCGUCUCUGCCACCCACCCCGGUACCGGAAAAAAAAGGCGUAAAAUUUUUUUUUACGUCCCGGGCGUCAGUGAAAUAUGCUCAAGUUUCUCACCCACAAACUGAGGACACAUUCUCUGAAUGAAGAUCAGCCGCACCAGGACAAGGCAGACGACGACCACGACUCGGGAACGGAAUCUGACGACGAGAACGGAGAGGCAGACGACCCGGAAAGCAACUCAGAACAGCCCUGUAUCUCGCCAGUUCUCGGUCAGCUCGUGCCUCUACGAUCUGCAUCCGUCGAGCGUUCACAAGGAGCUGAAACGGUCGCGGAGCACGGAAGAAAACUAUCUAUGGAGAGCGAGGCGGAGCGGUCGAGCGGCUCUGCGGUGAGUCCGUUCCCCAGCCUGGCGCCGUCGGUGGCGUCGACGUCGGCGUCUGCGGGCCCGAGCGCGGGCGUCGCGGCGCUGACCGCCUGCAGCCCGUACUUCCUGGACUCGGCGCUGCCCAGCGACAGCGACCACAACUAUGACCACGACCACGACCACCACAGCUCGGAGGAGGAGCUGGAGGUGAUCAACAGCUGCCCCGCCGCCGUGGCGCCCGCCUCCGGCGCGGGCGCCCUGCUCGUCACGGUGCGCAGCGGCAGCGUCACCGUGCCCGAGAAGCGCAAGUGGUCCCAGGUGACGCACCAGGCGGCGCCGCACGUGCUGCUGGCGACGGAGUGCUCGUCGGCCGGCGGCGGCGGGUCCAGCUCGUCGUCGGACGACGAGGUGCAGGGCCUGCUGGCGGCCAUGUCGACGCCGGUGCGCUUCCGCACGUGGCCCCCGCUGGACGCGCACAAGCCGGGCCGCUCGCUGUCGCCGCCGCCCAAGCUGUUCCACUACGCGGCCUCCGCCGACGCCGCCCCCGCGCCCGCCUGCGGCCUCGCCCCCGCCGCCUCCGCCUCCUCCGCCUCCGCCGCCGCAGCCGCCGCGGACGCCUCGCCGCGCAAGAGGCACCGCCACACGCCGCGCGCCUCGCACAUCCAGCGGCCCUGCCUCGACUUCGAGAAGAUGCAGCAGCUGAAGGCGCGAGCGGUGACGGCGUGGAGGCACGGAGGAGACCGUGGGGGCGAGCUGUCCGUCUUCUGCUGGUAGGCCGGCCACGACGACCAAGACGUCGACGACGACGACGACGACGACGACGACGACGCCAGCGCUGCCAAGCGGCAGGGACCGUACAAACAAACUGUACAACACGGAAAAACAAAUUAUAUAUAUAUACACACACACAAAACACACACAAACACAAAUAUAAAUAAAUAUAUAUAUAUAUAAUACAGGAUAUAUACAUGAAAUAUAAUUCUAACAUAAUAGAUAAAACACAUGGACGUUUUUUUAAAAAUAAAUAAAAUAAAAUGGCUUGGUAUUUUGAACGUGACAGAAAGUGUGUACGCGCUGAGGAAGAGAUGAAGCAUCUUCCUGUUUUGCGAUGCGGUUGUGUGGUGCAAUUCCAGCCUUUGUUUUAUUUUUAUUUUAUUUUUUCCUCCCGCAAGAGCGCAUUUUUUUUGUUUAGAGAAGAGAGAGUUGUGGGCUGUUAUCAGCCCGAAAGGAUGGAGCAAAUGGCCUUUCUUUUUCUGUUUUAUGUUUAACGAGUUAAUUCUUUAGUUAUUAAUGUGAAGCGACUUUGUACACGAGAUGGGAAAAAAAAAUUAUGAGAGUGGGUAACGAACUAAGCUAGAGUGCGAAGAGAUUUACGUUUAAUGCUAUUCUAUGCAAAUAAAAAAGGAAAAAUGUUAUAAAUACUAUUAUCAUUAUAUUAUAAUUAUUAUAAUUAUUGUGGUUAUUAUGAUUAUUGCUGUAUUGAGUUACACGUUUUGAGCCUUAGUAUACACGUAAACGAGCUAAUGCUACUGCUUUUAGUUGGCAGCACUCAGCGUACUGGGCUGCGGGCUGACCUGUGUG